AUGAAUAAUCCCAAAGAAUAUGCUGCGAAUAGAAGAAGACAAGAGAGAGACAACAUGCAAUGUUUGAGAGAGAACGUCCACAAAAUAAAAUGGAAGGGACGCGACAGAAUAAUAGACAUAGGAAGCGGGGACGGUGGUUUCACGGCAAUGAUCCUAAAAGUUUUCCUGCCUGAUGACUAUGAGGAGUUAGUAGGCGUUGACAGAAGCUCAGAGAUGGUGAUGUACGCCAAAACAUUGUACUCAGACGAACGCGUGAGCUUUGAGGUACUGGACAUCAGGGAGGAUUUGCCUCAGCAACUCGUUGGAUAUUUCGACCACGUGUUCUCUUUUUACACUUUACAUUGGGUGUCCGAUCAGAAAAAAGCAUUCGCCAAUAUCUUCAGCCUGCUAUCAGAGGGAGGGGACUGUUUACUGUCUAUCCUGGGCGACAUCCCCGCUUACUUCAGCGUCAACCAGUUCUUCGCCAGGUCGAACAAGUGGAUUCCCUGGGUCAAGGAUCUGGAGCACGUCGUGUCUCCUUAUCAUGGGCAUCCGGACCCAGAGCCGCUCCUACGGAAGAUGCUGAAGGCAACAGGUUUCAAACAAGUGGACGUGAGCCGUAAAAAAUACUACUACACCUACAACAGCAUAGAGGAGUUUAAAAGUUGUGUAAAGUCGGUGACAGCGUUCAAGAUACCGAGUGAGAUGAUGGAAGACUACUUGGAGGAGUAUGUUACCAGUUACCACCGCACUGGCUGAGGGCUUUCUAGACCAACACCUGACCAUACAAUACGACUUGAUCACUGUAUACUGUAGCAAAUA